AUGACAGCAAGGAUAGAAUGCCUUGAAGCUAGGCUGGCAUACAUGCAAGAUGCUAUUCGCCCAGCAUCGCUUCUUCCCAUCGCCCAUGACAGCGGUCAAGACUUGCAACGAAUCGAUGGCCCUGCAGCCAAGAACACCCUAGCCGAGGAACGAAGCCAAUCAGAUGAAGACAAACAAAGCAGAGUGCAAGUCAUGACUACCGUCCUCGAGCCUCAAGGUCAGGUACCGGAGCUGAUCCAACGCAUCCAAGACUCCCACGGAUGUCCACAGUAUCAGGAUGUUGUGGCUUCAGCCCUGAAUGAAAUUUUGCGGCCAACAGAUCUCAAUGUCUUGGAACAAGAACCAGAUCCAGCUUUGUUACAUCGUCUCCCAAGAUACGAAGAGACAAGAGCAUUGCUGGAUGAGUUUUUCUCGCGUGCGGCUCCGUUCUGUCUUUUGUAUGAUCAAGAACUGUUCCUGCAAAUUGUCGAGUCACUAUACGGACGUGGGAUUCCGCCAGCUGCUGAGGUUUUCGCCAACAUCAAUAUCGCACUUGCAAUGUGCCAUAUUACUAGGAUGACAAGAGCUCCUGUCCCUAGCCAGGAAAACAAGAAGGCAUGGAUGCGCUUCAGAUACGCUAUUUCAGUCUUGCCGCAACUGCUUAUGACUGGAGUGACAUUUGAAGUUGUUCAAGUCCUGCUGGGAAUUGCAACAUUUCUUAGCUUGAAUGGUGAUACCGAAACGGCGUUACCUCUGAUUACAGCCGCACGAUCUUUAUCUCACCAACUCGAACUAUUCAGAGAUAUUGCUGGCACAAGUAAGACGCACAAUACUCUACGAAGACGAAUUUUCUGGAUGACACACGUUAUGGAAUCUAGGGCGUGCAUCCGAAGUGGAGUAGACCCAACACAUAUUCUCGACAACAUUGAUAUGGAUACACUGGAUCGAGCUAAGAAAGAUCUAUGGAUAGUCAAGGAUGAUGAGCAGCAGAGCGAAUUCAUUCAAGCCUUGAUCUCAUUGACGAUAAUGACUGGUCAGGUUCCGAGCUUGGCACAGCAUCAAGCCGAACCACUAUCAGCUCAAACUGGAGUACACAAUAAUAUAGCAGCAUUGAACUCCGAUUUGGAAUUGUGGAGACGUAGAUUCGGCCUGCUUUUGACAAGCGAGGCUCAUAAGUGGGACGAUUCGCAAGAAAUUUCCCGUCUCUGGAUGCAGAUAUCUUACUUUCACAUGUUGAUGAUCGUGGACACGAAGCCGUGCUAUGCUCAUCGAGGUGCUGAUAUGGCCCCCGGGUCAGAAUUCUCCAACUACGACGACAGUAUCACGACCAUCACUGGUGCAGAAGCCAAGUGCAUCGAGGCCGCUCGAGCUUUGUUAGAGAUGGCAAGGCAUAUUCCACGGGCAGAUCAUUAUUGGACUUGGAUCUUGAUUCAUUAUGUCUUCGAAGCUUCAUCAAUUGUAUUUGCUCGAAUUUUAGAAGAUACGCAUUCUCCGGCUUGUGCGGAAGAUCUCAGACGACUCGAGAUGGCUGAGCGACUAUUCGUGGACUUGGUGUGCUACACCCAAGGCACAAAAGGCAAUGUACGCAAUUUUCAACGGCUCUGCACAGGCCUCAAGAGAAUUGCCAGAGAUGCAAUCAAGAAAGCCGCGGAACGCAUGGAUCAACCAGCGCAAGACAGCGUCUCAUGGCUCCCAGACUCGUAG